AUGGACAGAGAUGUGAAUACAGAGCACAUACAGCAGGAGCAUGGCAGGUUUCCAGGUUUCCAGGUUUCCAGGUUUCCAGGUGUGUUUAUGUCCUCUGGGUUUCUUCUCUCUGUGUCACAGCUGAAACAUCUGGAGGUAGAGAGAGCAGAGAAAUGGCUGAAGAUGGUGAAGAAGUGGGAGAAAUACAAGAACAGCGACCGGAUGGUCAAACGGGUGUAUAAGGGUAUCCCCCUGCAGCUGCGAGGCCGGGCCUGGGCUCUGAUGCUGGACGUGGAGAGAGCCAAGAACGAGAACGAGGGAAAAUACGAGAGGAUGAAGGAACAGGCCAGACGGUACUCAACAGAGAUCAAACAGAUCGACCUGGACAUCAACAGGACUUUUAGGAACCAUAUCAUGUUCAUGGAUCGCUUCGGAGUCAAGCAGCAGUCUCUCUUCCACGUCCUGUCUGCGUAUUCAGUCUACAACACAGAAGUGAGCUACUGCCAGGGCAUGAGUCAGAUCGCCGCCCUGCUGCUCAUGUACAUGAACGAGGAGGACGCCUUCUGGGCUCUGUCACAGCUGCUGACCAAUCAGAGACACGCCAUGCACGGUGAGACGACGCCGUUCACCCUGACGCUCCGUCUGUGGGACAUUUUCAUCCUGGAGGGAGAGAGGCUGCUCACCGCCAUGUCUUACACCAUCCUGAAGAUACACAAGAAGCGUCUCUUGAAGAUGUCUCUGGAGGAUCUCAGAGAGUUCCUGCAGGAGAGGAUCGCUCAGACCUUCUUCUACAGCGACGACGUCAUCGUGAGCAGCUUCAGGCCUCCAUGA